AGUGUCGCCACGUAACCACUGUUGUCAACAACGUCAAUAACAACAGUUUUAAUGACACUGCGAACAACAAUAACCUGAAGCUGAUGAAGAGCACGAAGGACAACAGCCUGGUACCAAAAAACACCAUGAACAAUUACCGAGUAAUAAACGCUCUAAAUUCCUUGUCUUUAAAGGAAAACGCUAAGCUUCUGGCUCGUCUGGACGAGACCAGAGCUCUAAAGAACUCGAAGAACAGUAACCUGGCCAGGUCAAUGAAGAACCAGCCAUUACCCUUGACCCCAGCCAAGAAGAGGUCUUCCCUUGCUCGUCCAGUUCGAGUCCACGACUCCUUCGACCAACCCAGGAAACUGUUGCCUAUGGAAUACCCUUUCCACACUCCACAAAAGGCCAACGAAACCACGUACGAAGAGGAUGAGUACAAGGAGACCAACUGGUCCAUCCGGCUGAAGCUUGAGCAAAUGUUCGAGCUGACCUUGCCACAGACCAAGAAAAGGACAAAGAAGAAAACGCCGAUCAUGCUGAUGAAACAGCAACAGGCCAAUAAACACGCAUGCAAGGACACGGAAAGGCUGCUGCGUGUACCCAGCAAUGUGGACCAAGAUACUAGGUACAACGUCACACAGUGUUCUGUCAUGUGAAGACUCACGUAGACGGUCGUGGAGCGAAAAUUGAAGAGACUGGUGCUCGUUGGAGGUUAAUUUAAAGUCUUCACGAAGUAGAGGUAGACCCAUACCUUGAAGUUGAGCUGCAAGAGCCUCCUGUUGAUGAGCACAUUGAACAUUAAGUUCUC